CCUCCGUGGACGCCGGGCACUUCCUCCCCCACGACAGCAGCAUGGCCGGCGCCGAGUUGCGGGCGGCGCUCGAACAGCGGCUCGACGCCCUCGCCAUCCGCACGGAGGUCCUGGAGCACCCCGAGGUGUUUACAGUUGAAGAAAUGAUGCCUCAUAUCCAACACCUGAAAGGAGCACAUAGUAAGAACUUAUUUCUAAAAGACAAAAAGAAAAAAGGCUACUGGCUGGUGACAGUUCUUCAUGACAGACAAGUUAAUUUAAAUGAUCUAGCCAAGCAGUUAGGUGUUGGGAGUGGAAAUCUACGGUUUGCUGAUGAAACAGCCAUGCUAGAAAAACUAAAAGUUGGCCAAGGCUGUGCCACGCCCUUGGCACUAUUCUGUGACGAUGGAGAUGUGAAAUUUGUUCUGGAUUCUGCUUUUGUGGAAGGUGGACAUGAAAAGGUGUACUUUCAUCCAAUGACCAAUGCAGCAACCAUGGGAUUGAGCCCUGAAGACUUUCUUACAUUUGUGAAGAAGACAGGACAUGAUCCCAUAAUACUAAAUUUUGAUAAAAGCAAGUAAUUGAGCUAAUAUUUAGAGUACAUUUAUAUCUGAAAGCUGUUGUUCUUAUUAAAAGUGAUAAAAACAUUUAGCAGCUUGGUUUGGUGACUACUUAAGUCAUUUUA